CCGCUGCUCUCUCUCGGCUCCUCUUUUAUUGGCUGACAACCCACUCUUGCUCUGUUGUUUAGUACAAACUAAAGGGAGCUAUAUUCAGCUUACAUAAAUCACCCUUCUUUAUCUGUUUGCUUGAUCUGAACAGGAAUUACGUUGAUAUAUAUUUGUUUUUGGAUCAGCGGAAAUAAGCGGGACUUUGGGAGUGAGGACGGUUGUUUUUUUUUCUUCUGUGAACCAUGCUAGCCCUGCUAGCUAAUUAGCCUCCGUGUCGUUGCCUCCUCUUCAUGGGUUCCGGCUGUUGAAUCCUGCCAGUCGUCUAAGACAUUAAUGCCAUCAGCCAGGAACUCGGGUCACAUCAUGAGCGGGGCGAGCUGCAAAGCUAACGGCGCCGUGUACCCCGCCUCAUCCGCGCUGAUGAACUCUGUGAAGAAGCCGAAAAUGGAGCAGAUCCAGGCCGACCAUGAGCUCUUUUUACAGGCCUUUGAAAAGCCUACUCAGAUAUACAGAUUCCUCCGCACAAGGAACAUCAUUGCACCCAUAUUUUUGCACAGGACCCUCACCUUCAUGUCUCACAGAAUGAACCGAACCAAUGCCAGAAGGAAAACAUUCAAAGUGGAUGAUAUGUUAAAGGCCGUGGAGAAAAUGAAGGUAGAGCAGGAUUCUCCAAGCUUGUCUUCACAUCUACAAUUAACGUUCACCGGGUUCUUCCAUAAGGAUGAAAAGCCAUCUCAGAACUCAGAAAACGAGCAACAUUCUGUGUCUUUAGAGGUGCUACUCGUCAAAGUCUGCCAUAAAAAACGCAAGGAUGUCAGUUGCCCGAUAAAACAAGUGCCUACCGGUAAAAAGCAGGUGCCUUUGAAUCCUGACUCGAAGCAAACCAAGUCGGGCUCCUGCCCCUCGUUACUCGUCCCCAGCAAUGAGUUUGAGCCCAGCAACAGCCACAUGGUGAAGUCCUAUUCGCUCCUCUUCAGGGUGUCGCACACGGGGAGAAGUGGCCUGGUUAAUGGGGAGGCCAAUGAGAAUAUUGAUGUGUCAGAUACUCCCAGUCGAAAGAAGAGAAGUUCAUCCCACAGAGAGGAGGGGGGGACCACAGAGACCUACGUUGCACAGAUGACUGUCUUUGAUAAGAACCGGAGGCUUCAGCUGCUGGAUGGAGAGUACGAGGUGUCGAUGCAAGGCAUGGAUGAGAGUCCCGUGAGCAAAAAACGGGCAACAUGGGAAACAAUCCUUGAUGGCAAGAGAAUCCCCCCGUUUGAGACAUUUUCUCAGGGACCCACGCUGCAGUUUACGCUGCGUUGGACAGGUGAUGCCAGUGCAAAGUCCACUGCCCCUGUAGCCAAACCUCUUGCUACCCGCAACUCAGAAACCACCAGCCCAAUGGAGACCCGGACCAGCCACCACCGUGCAGCCCUUAUGAAGAAACAUUCAACAGAGAUCAACUCAUGUAGCACACAACUAAAGUCAGUGAAAGAGUCAGUCAGCACAGACACUCAGACGAGGAAAGAGCAGGUCCCAUCUGAACCGCGACAGAAGCUCCGUAUAUUAUAUCAGUUCCUGUACAACAAUAACACAGGGCACCAGACGCAGCAGACGGAGGCGAGAGAUGAUCUCCACUGUCCCUGGUGUACUCUGAACUGCAGCAAACUCUACAGCCUGCUCAAACACCUCAAGAUCUCCCACUCGCGUUUCAUUUUCAACUAUGUGCCUCACCCCAAAGGAGCAAGAAUAGACGUGUCCAUCAAUGAGUGCUAUGAUGGCUCCUACGUGGGCAACCCUCAGGACAUCCACAGCCAGCCGGGCUUUGCUUUUAGUCGAAACGGCCCAGUCAAAAGAACCCCAGUCACUCACAUACUGGUUUCAAGACCCAAGAGGACCAAACCGAGUCUGUCUGAGUUCUUGGAGUCUGAGGAUGGAGACCUGGAGCAGCAGAGGACCUACGUCAGUGGACACAACCGGCUCUACUUCCACAGCGAUAGCUGCAUGCCCCUGAGGCCCCAGGAGAUGGAUGUGGACAGCGAGGACGAGAGAGACCCAGAGUGGCUCCGAGAGAAGACCGCUACGCAACUGGAUGAGUUCACAGACGUCAAUGAAGGAGAGAAGGAGGUGAUGAAGCUCUGGAACCUGCAUGUCAUGAAGCACGGCUUUAUAGCAGACAACCAGAUGAAACAAGCCGUCAUGCUAUUCGUGGAGAACCGCGGCGCUCACAUCAUCCGCCGCAACCUCUGCCGCAACCUCCUCUUGCACUUGGUCAGCAUGCAUGACUUCAACUUGGUGAGGACGGCCACCAUUGAUCGCGCAAUGGCACGCCUGCAACAGAUUCAAGAAGAGCUGCCAGACACCAAGGAGGAUCAGCAGGACGACAUAAUGGGAUCAGCGGGAGCCUACAACGGCAGCGGCGUCUCGUCCAGCGGCGGAAAGCAGGGCAAGAGGACAAAAAGUGCUCUAACAGACUAAUGUCAGUCUGGUUGGAAGGGAUGAAAACCAACAAGGAGUAUUUCCAACCCUUUGGUGCUUAGAUAGGUUAACAAACUGGUAGUCAGAGGAUCUGAGCUGACCAGUACUAAGGCUAAACAGGUUUCUGUAACUUGAGAACUGAACCAAAUAUGAACAAUAUGACAGUGAAUCACCCACAUCCACUCAAACCAGGAGUUUGAGGACUCAAUCUGAUGCAAGUUGAUUAUACUUUUACCAUGCGUGUCAUAAGAGCCACCAAGGUCCCUGUUAUUUAAUGGGAGAUUGAACAAACAGUAUCUUGUCAUAUGGCACCACUGUUUUCACUAUGUUGUGGAGGGUUGUAUGAAGGCUACAGUUAAAAUUGUACUGGGAACAUUAUCACUAUUCGUACACACAGAAUUUAACCAUGUUUAUAACUUUCAGCUGAUUAUUUUUAGCACUUCUUGGUUGUAUUUAGAAAAUAAAAUCAACAAAUUAAAAGAAAAUAUUGUGCCCCAUCCAAUAUUAAGAAUACUUUUCCUGCUCUCAUUGGUGAAGAAAUUGCAGGUGGAUUGAGUGUAAUUUAAAGCACCACACAGAUGCUAGUGCCCUAAUGAAAAGAAUAUCUUUAGUCGACAUUAAUGCCUGACAUCUAUGAACUCUGAAAAGCUUAUGUUGGGAUCCCAGCAUGGUUAUUGCUGGCAUGAAAGUAGUGUUAUAGUAGGAGCCUCGAACUUGAACAUGGUAAAUUCAAACUUGGUUUUCAUCACUAGUAAGUGUUUUUGGUAAAAAGCUUACGAAAAGACAGGGAAACCAGCAGGAUAUUUUAUGUUUCCUAGAAACCAGCAGCACAUUACCCUCUGUGGCAUGUUCAGUGAGUAGUAUCAACAAUAGCAUACUUGGUUUUCUGAUGUCCGCAUCUGCAGUUUUUCCUAUUUUAUUCAAAGUUGUUUUACAGGUAUCAGUAGCUGAAAUAAAUAUGUAUUCAUGUAAUCACAUGAACUGUUUUUAGGUGGGUCCUGUUCCGGGUGUAGUUACCGACAGGUUGCAGUUUUUCUCUAAUAGUGGUUGGCUGUUUAUUUUUGAUGCUUGGUCCUUGUUAGAUACAGUUUAUGCCAAAGGGGGAAUAAUUUCACCAGUCUGUUUUUUAUUUUAAUUUCAUAAAACCAUUUCAUUUUUCAGUCGUAUUUUGUUGUGCACAUAACAGUCACCGUUUUAAUCAGCCAAACUACCCAUGUAGUUUUUCUCUGUUUCACUGGUCAUUGAUGCUGUCAUAUCCAUCAAUAUUGUCUAAACACGUUGUGAACUUCGAAGUAUUUUAUAUUUAAAAAAAUAAAAUACAUUUGCCCUUA